GUUUAGCUUGGUAGCUAAGCUAGCUAACCUUAUCUAACCUGUGCCUGUGCUUUUGCUAGCACAUGCUUGCUCAGUAGUCAGCAAGGUGCCGCCUGGUUAGCUUCGUAUGACUACGCGUGCUAAACAGGUAUUAUUUAAUGUAUUUAGGGAUGCCGAAGCCAAAUUGAAUGUAAAAGCCUGUUAGCAUAGUUUGUAAGUGUAUGAGGGACGUGAGGGAGGAGGGAGGUUGGCCACUUCCCACUUCAACCAGCAGCUUGUACUGGUAGUCCUGACUACAGCUGCCUCCUGCUGCUAGCUGAAGUUCCUCCUCCGCCUCAGGGUGAGGUAUUCUCGUGUCUUUAGCUCAAACACUCCACGGCGGUGGAUACAUGUCUACCUCUCAGCCACGAGACAAGCCACGAAAGGGAAAUCUUGCAGUUCAUGUUUCGCCAAGAAGUCGGUGUGACGUCUUUUAUUCCAUCUUGUUCGUAUCUUUUCCAACACGAGAAGAGGAAUAUGUCCAGAUAUAACAUAUACAGUUUGUUGGACUGGGUCUACGGAGGGGUAGACCCGAAGUUUGAGGGUAAUGGGGGCCCCGAGUGUGCCGCCUUCCUCGCGCCCCAGCAGCGCAUCAGCGAGAGUCUGUUCAUCGUCCUCCUCUCCCUCCUGGAGAUCGGCUUGGCGCUGAAGAAAAUUAACCUCUCCAAAGAGCUCAAGGUGGUGGGGAAAGACUACACAAGGGUAAAGGAGGAUAGUCUGGGCAAGAACCUGUUGCUGGUGGCUCUCUGCAUGACUUUUGGAGUGGAGGUUGGUUUCAAGUUUGCGACCAAGACUGUGAUAUACCUGCUGAAUCCCUGCCAUGUCGUGACCAUGAUUCAGAUCUUCUUGCUGGCCUGUCCGCCUUGUAAAACAGCAAUGGUUGUAUUCAGGCUGCAGGUCCACAUGCUGAACGGAGCGUUGCUGGCUUUAAUGUUCCCUGUAGUCAACACCAGACUGCUCCCCUUUGAGAAGGAGAUCUACUACAUCCAACACUCCAUGCUCUACCUGGUGCCUCUUUACCUUUUCAGGAAAGGAGGUGUGUACAAGCCUGAGCCUCUGGGGGACAUGGGGUGGGCGCUGCUCUCCACUGGCAUCCUGUUCCUCUAUCACUUUGUCUUCCUGCAGCUCCUCGGCCUGCUGACUGAGGUGAACCUGAACAACAUGCUGUGCCCGGCCGUGUCAGAUCCUUUCUACGGUCCGUGGUACCGUGUGUGGGCGACAGGCCACCAGACCCUGCUGACCCUCAUCCACGGGAAAGUCCUCACACUCCUCUCACAGCACACGGGCUCCGUCUGCAGAUACGUGCUGGACACGCUGCGACUGCGCAGCAAGAAAGUCGACUGAAUGUCCCCGAAGAUGCACAGGCAGACCACGCCUUUCAUCCUGAAUGCGUGCUCUCUCUUUUUUUUUUAAAUCACCAUUUUAAUGUGUCUUUUAAGAUCACUUUUACUGAAAAAAGCGAGCACUUCAGGGCCAGUGAAUCACCGUGUCAUGCUUUCAGUGUCGUAGUCGCAGCGCAUGCACAAACAUAUUCAGCAUUUAAAGGCUGGUAGGUAGCAUCACACAGAGGGAAAGAUCUUUUUCUUAGCAUCACACAGAGGGAAAAUUCUUUUGGGAAUACGCUUUCCAAAGAUAUGUAAGUGAAUUUGGGAGAUUUCUCAAGAUGCCUUUUUGUAAAUGUAAAUUUAAGGACAAAAAGAAGUCACCCAGAUUUCUCUGUUGUUCGACUUUCAGUUGUUUAUGUGGUAUGUCGUUCAAUUACAUGUAAGCGAGCAAUGCUGCCAUUUUUUUGUUUCAAGUGCAUCUUGAAUGUGAGCUGUUGUUGCUUGUUUAUAGCUGGAGCAUUUCUGUUUCACAUGAAUGACCGCCUCAUUAGUGUUGACUAAAAAGAGAAACUUAUUUAUAAUAGCGUCCUGUUCCCACCUUUGCUGCACAUGUUUUGUUGUUUUCGGUGGCCUCUCUGUCAUUUCUGUCUGCAGCUUACUCAGAUCAUUCCAGGAGGAGGUUUUACACGCUGAGAUUUAAAGAGAUGCACGAGGAUCUACACUGGGAUGUUAUUAUUACCUCUGCCGUGAGGUUUUGUUUAUGUGUUUAUUUUAUUAUGACAUAGGACCACAUUCAGUGAGUACAGCGUCGCUAGGAUGUAUGAGAUGUUUUCCCCGAAAGUUGAGAUUUUAAAAACAUCAGCUGGAAGCACACAUCAUAAAACUUGAAAAGUGUCCCAGUCUACACAUUAAUCCUAGAUUUUCAGUCAUCACAGCAGCUGUAAAGAGGCACAGGCUCAGUUUUGUGUAGAAAAUUGCAUCAGAUGAUCUGCAUGAAGUCACUUUGGGUCAUUUACUGGCUACCCAAUGGAAAGAAAGUAUUAGCUAGCAUUGGAAUAUUUCAGACAUGGUAAAUAUCAUUUCAAAUGUGAGGGAUGUAUGUGUGUAUUAAUGUAGCAUAAACUGUACUCCACUGUAAAGAAGGGAUGAGACAAACUUUUGUAUUUCUAUGGGUUCAAGUGUAUGUGCUGUAUUGACAAUUAAAGUGAUUUCAGUUGAACACA